GUAAGAGUUUAAAGUUUCCAGCUUUGUUUGUGUGUAUAGAAACUGAGGAAACUUUAUAAUAAGUGUUAGUUGAUGUUCUAGGCAAAGCUGGUGCAGAUGUCACUCUUGCUUAUGUAGAGCUGCUGAAGCUAGAGGUUUAAGUAUACUCGGUGACUAGAUUGCUUGCUGAUGUCUUAAUCUUGAAAUGUGUUGAACAAGUCUUUGAUUCUAGUGGCUUUGCCUUUAAGUUCCUUUUUUUUUUUGGAAUUAGACAGUACAAACAAGUCUUCUUCUGAUGUUCUGCUUUCGGUUGAUUUGUUAACUGGUUCUCUAUCGUUGUCAUGGGCUGAUCUGAAAUGAAAUUUGUGAAGGGAGGCAUGAGCAAACGCUGUACACGAUAUUGAAUCCUAUUGCAGCUGUAUACCCUUCAGACACCGACGGGCCUAUAAGUGACCAAAUGAUCAAAGACGUGGAAGUUGUUAUAGAAUGGAAACUUGAUUACAAAGUGUAGGGCUCGCAACUGUUACCAACUUUUCCUUAGCUAUACUUGUUAGCAAGCUGUUUGGACAUGGUCGAACAAGAAGCGUUUCAGAAGACCGUGUGCAAGACCAUCGAGGGGCUGUGAAGAAGGCAUCUUGAUCUAGAUAGAAAAUUAGAAGAUGUAUCCACAGUUGAUCUGAAACCAAAAAUCGUGUGUUCAACGUUUUGUAUCAAACCAUCUUAACUAUAGAUUACUCUGUUCUGUAUCUGAUUUUGUGUACCUAGUUGGAGAUUACAUAUAAUGAUUAUAAAUUUAUGUUUCCAUCAACCUUUUUUUGAAACACUUUUUUUUUCGAAAUACAUGUUUCCAUCAACCUAUUCAUUCUAUUUAGUGUUUGUACUUACUAAAAUAUUGAUAAAUAGUAUCAGAUUUGAACAUACUUUUAGAGUAUGUACUUAUUUAUGUAUUUAUCUCAUUUAUCUAUGUGUAACCUUAAUUGUUGAAGCCAGUAAAUGAAGAUUGAGUUUUUUUUUACCAAGAGUUAAUCAAAUUCAUAAGGCCAAUUCUCCUAAAUAGACUAUUUUCAAGUUUUGAUGACAAAAAUAGACCACAAGGCCAGUUCUCUAUUCAUAAAAUAUAUUGAUUAAUUUAUGAAAGAAAGAAAUAAAUAUAUUUUAUGGUGGUUGAUUGAUUGAUUGCAUUGGAAUUAUCAUAAAACUAUCUAGAUAGUGAUUAGAAUUUAUCAUUUGAUUAUUUUAAUUUAUUUGUCUCAGAUCUCAUAAUCUUAUAAGAUUAAUAAUUAUAAAUAAAAUCAAAAUUUACAAGUGUAUAAACACGGUCUCUUUUUUGUAAUAAAUAUCAUAAGAAAAAAAGUAAACUCAUCAAUGGAAACUAAACUUUUUAUAUAUAUAUGAUAAUAAUAAAGUUUCCAGAUUUUUAUUUCCUUAAAAUUCUCCAUUGAUAGUUUACUUUUAUUUUGAAAUAUAAAAUAUCGAUUAUUAUUUGUUCUUCACCGCCUUAUGCAAAUAUAAAAACAUAUCUCACACCAUCUAUUCUCAAACCUCUCUCAUACAUCUCUCAGACCUACCUAGUACUAACGAUCUUAAAUUAGGGUUUUACUCUUUAUCUUACAUACAUGUCUAGACAAAACGUCAAGCCUAUGACCAUGGAUCAAGGAUCUGACCUCAUUGACGCGGCUGUUACCAAGCUCAAACGGAUUCUUGAAGGAAAGCCUGAACCAGCCUCUGAGUCUCACGAAUAUGUUAGAAACUACACUGCAGUUUACAAUAUGUGCACCCAGAAACCACCUGACGAUUUGUCUCAACAGCUUUAUGAUAAGUAUGGUGGCAUCUUUGAAGAUUAUGACAAGCAUACGGUGCUGCCCUCUAUCAUGGAGAAGCAUGAUGAAUACAUGCUAAGAGAGCUUUCUCGGAUGUGGGAUAUUCAUAAGGAUAUGGUUAGGUGGCUAUCUCGCUUUUUCUUCUAUCUUGACCGUUACUUCAUUACACGGAGAAGCCUUCCAAGCCUAACUGAAGUUGGCAUGACUUGUUUCCGCGACCAUGUUUACAAUAACGUUCACUUCAAUGUCAAACAAGUUAUUAUAGCAUUGAUUCAUAAAGAGCGAGAAGGCCAACAGAUUGAUAGUGCACUACUGAAGAACAUAUUAGAUCUCUUUGUUCAGAAUGGGAUGGGAAGUAUGGAGAGAUAUGAAGACGAUUUUGAGAUGUUCUUUCUCCAAGAAACAGCUUUUUACUAUUCCCGCAGAUCCUCAAGCUGGAUCCUAGAGGAUUCUUGCCCUGAAUACAUGAUAAAGUCUGAGGAGGCUUUAAAGAAGGAGAAGGAGAGAGUCAAUCACUACCUUCAUUCAACCACCGAACCUAAACUAGUUGAGAUUGUGCAAACCCAUCUAUUGGUUUUGGUUGCAAAACCGCUUCUAGAAAAGGAGAGCUCAGGUAUCAGUGCACUGCUAAGAGAUGACAAGAUGGAUGAUCUCUCUAGGAUGUACAGGCUCUACCAUGCAAUCCCCAAAGGUUUGGAACCUGUUGCGGAAGCCUUUAGGCUUCAUGUUACUUCAGAAGGUAACGCUCUUAUCAAACAAGCCGAAGACGCAGCUACUAGUGGUAGCGUGGAGGAACAGGUGCUUGUCAGAAAGAUAAUUGACUUGCACGAUAAGUACAUGGCCUAUGUCACAGACUGUUUUCAGAACCACACACUCUUCCAUAAGGCGUUGAAAGAAGCCUUUGAAAUCUUUUGUAACAAGAAAGUGACUGGAAGCUCAAGUGCAGAGUUACUUGCAACGUUAAGUUUGCUUGAUUAAGCAGGGGCGGAUCUACUUAUAUCUAAGGUGGGGCACAUGCCCCAUACUUAACUU